AUGUGGAAGGCAGCUGUAGGGCACAAUGUGGCCGUGAAGGAGGAGUCCCAAGGAGAUGACUGGGACACCGAUCCUGAUUUUGUGAACGACAUCUCAGAGAGGGACCAGAGAUGGGGAGCCAAAACGAUUGAGGGCUCUGGACGGGCCGAGCACAUCAACAUCCACCAGCUGAGGAGCAAGGUGUCUGAGGAACAUGAAGUCAUCAAGAAGAAGGAGCUGGAGACUGGGCCCAAGGCCUCUUAUGGAUAUGGGGGCAAAUUUGGAACAGAGCGGGACCGAAUGGAUAAGAGUGCACUGGGCCACGAGUACAUAGCUGAUGUUGAGAAGCAUUCGUCUCAGACAGAUGCAGCUAAAGGCUUUGGGGGGAAAUAUGGAGUCCAGAGGGACCGAGCCGACAAGUCAGCGCUUGGGUUCGAGUACAAGGGCGAGGUGGAGAAGCACGCAUCCCAGAAAGAUUACGCCAAGGGGUUCGGUGGCCGCUAUGGGGUGGAGAAGGACAAGCUGGACAAAGCAGCCGUGGGGUUCGACUACAAGAGUCAGACAGAGAAGCACGAGUCACAGAAAGACUAUGCCGUGGGCUUUGGUGGGAAGUUUGGGGUGCAGAAGGACCGUCAGGACAAAUGUGCCCUCGGCUGGGAGCACCAGGAAGAGUUGAAGCGUCAUGAGUCCCAGACAGACUAUGCCAAGGGCUUUGGAGGUCGGUACGGUGUGCAGGAGGACAGAGUGGAUAAGAGCGCCGCUGGCUUUAAUGAGAUGGAAGCUCCAACUUCCUCAUAUGAGAAGACCAAACCUGUGGAGGCAGCCUCCAGUGGAGCCAGAAGCCUGAAGUCUCGAUUCGAGAACAUGGCCAAGUCGGCUGACGAAGAGAAUAGGAAGCGGGUGGAGGAGGAACGAGUGAGGCGCCAGGCCCGGGAGCAGCGGGAGCGCCAGGCAGCCCAGCAGCAGCAGCAGGAAACCCAGGAGAGUGAGGAGACGAACCGUAAUGAGCCAGGUCCCACGCCAGCUCUGGUACCCAGGAGGGUUUGCAAAGAACCAGCAAUGCUGCCUAGUCCACAGAGACAGCAGCAAGAGGCAGACAUACAGGAUGAGGAACAGCCCCCUGCACUGCCACCGCGGCCCUCAGACCUGGGCGAAGGUUCCAGCAAGCUGCAUGAGGAGUCGCAUGAGGAGGAGGCCAUCUAUGCCGACAGCGUGGAUCUGCAAGGGGACUAUGAGGAGCUGCCAGAGCCCUCAGACUAUAAAGAUGGUGCUGAUGUGGGCAGAGACUAUGAGGAGCUGCCGGAGCCCUCGAGGGAGUCAGAGGCCAUCUACGAUGAGGGUGUUGAUACGAGUGAGGACUAUGAGGAGAUCCCCCCAGAGAGUGCAUCCAGCAGCAUCGGGAACAUUCCCUGCCCUGAAGUAUCUGAGAAUGUGUACGAGGCAGAUGAUGCUGGGCCUUCUGCUGUGGCUCUGUACGAUUACCAAGGAGAAGGUGACGAUGAAAUUUCCUUUGACCCCAAUGACACCAUCACUCACAUCGAGAUAGUAGACGAGGGCUGGUGGCGGGGGCACUGCCAUGGCAGAGUUGGCCUCUUUCCAGCUAAUUAUGUGAAGCUACUUCAGUGA